UAAAGAAGAACUCGAAGAAGAAGUGUUUGAUAAGGAAGUGGAACCUGCACCAGCAAAGACAGAUAUUGUGCGGGAAGAGGCUUCUGUCAUAUACAAGAAAAAAUCAUUUCAAGGGACAGCGCAAAAGCAAUAUAUUAAACGGCUGAUCGAUAAACAUGGCGGUAACUACAAAGCAAUGGCACGGGACAUUAAACUCAAUAUAUAUCAGCAUACCAAGGCUUAA